CUCGGCGUCCCGGCGCGGCGGGGCUGGCCGGAGAGCGGGGGGUGCCCGCCUGGCGCGAGGCCGCGCGGAGUCCUCGGUUUAAAUGUAACACAGGAUAUCGGUCUCCUAAGCUACGUCCGUGCAGCGAGCCGCAUAAAGCCAGAAUGUGGCACACCGUCCUGUCUGAGAGGUGAACCCCACUGAGUCAACAUGGCUGACAGGGGGAAGCCGGUUCCUGGACAAGUGUAUAUUGAAGUGGAAUAUGACUAUGAGUAUGAAGCGAAGGACAGGAAGAUCGUGAUCAAGCAGGGCGAGCGGUAUAUGUUGGUGAAAAAGACCAACGACGACUGGUGGCAGGUCAAGCCGGAUGAGAGCGCCAAAGCCUUCUAUGUGCCAGCCCAGUACGUGAAGGAGGUCACACGGAAAGCUCUGAUGCCGCCCGUUAAGCCGCUGGUGGGACUGCCCAGCAAUUCCGUAAAGAUGAUACAGAGUCUGCCUCUGCAGAGGUCGACAGAAAAUGUGAACAGGCUGCCCGAGCUCUCGAGCUUCGGAAAGCCGGCGUCCGUCCAAGGAACCGGUCUCAUUCGGGAUGCCAAUCAGAAUUUCGGACCCAGUUACAAUCCAGGUCAGACCCUCAACCUCAGCCUGGACCUGACCCAUAAUAACGGGAAGUUCACCAAUGACUCUCACUCUCCUAAAGUGCCCAGCCAGAACAGGACACGCUUAUUCGGUCACUUUCCCGGUCCGGAGUUCCUGGACGUGGAGAAAACGAGCUUCUCCCAGGAGCAGUCGUGUGAUUCUGCAGGAGAAGGCUCGGAAAAGGUCCAUCAGGACUCUGAGUCUGGGGACGAGCUGAGCAGCAGCUCCACGGAGCAGAUCAGGGCCACUACACCUCCAAGUCAAGGAAGGCCAGAUUCUCCUGUCUACGCCAAUCUACAGGAACUGAAAAUAUCCCAGUCUGCUUUGCCUCCGCUUCCUGGGAGCCCCGCCAUUCAGAUUAACGGAGAAUGGGAAACCCACAAGGACGGCUCGGGGCGUUGUUACUACUACAACCGAGGGACUCAGGAAAGAACUUGGAAACCGCCCCGCUGGACUCGGGACGCAAGCAAAGGAGACUUCCACAGCCCGGGAGAUCAAGAGCUGCUUUCGUCAGAGGAGAACUACCAGAGCCUUUGUAACAGCCAGUCAGAUAGUCAGUGUGGUUCUGCUCCAAGGGGUUGGUCAGAAGAGUUGGAUGAACGUGGGCAUACCUUAUAUACCAGUGACUAUACUAAUGAAAAGUGGCUCAAGCACGUUGAUGAUCAAGGUAGACAAUAUUACUACAGUGCGGAUGGAUCUCGGUCAGAAUGGGAGUUGCCAAAGUAUAAUGCAUCAUCCCAGCAGCAAAGAGAAAUAAUUAAAAGCAGGAGCCUGGACAGGCGGCUGCAGGAACCAAUAGUGCUGACAAAGUGGAGACACAGCACCAUUGUACUGGACACCAAUGACAAGGAAUCUACAACUGCCUCCAAACCCUGCUUUCCUGAAAGUGACUCCUCUCCCUCUUCACCAAAGCUCCAAGACACAGGCCAAGAGAAAUACGGAUUGUUAAAUGUGACAAAAAUAACUGAAAAUGGGAAAAAAGUUCGAAAGAACUGGUUAUCUUCGUGGGCAGUGUUGCAGGGGUCAUCUUUGCUUUUUACCAAAACUCAAGGAAGUAGCACAAGUUGGUUUGGGAGUAAUCAGUCCAAACCGGAGUUCACAGUGGACCUCAAGGGAGCGACGAUUGAGAUGGCUUCGAAGGAUAAAUCCAGCAAAAAGAAUGUGCUGGAGCUGAAAACUCGUCAAGGAACAGAACUGCUCAUUCAGUCUGAUAAUGACACUGUUAUCAAUGAUUGGUUUAAAGUUCUUAGUAGUACAAUCAGUAAUCAGGCGGCAGAGACUGAAGAGGCAAUUGAAGAGGAGACGCCAGACUCACCAGGAACAGAAAAGCACGAUAAAGAAAAGGACCAGAAGGACCUCAGAAAACUCCGUUCUAUGAAAGUGUCCAGCAUAGAUUCUUCAGAACAGAAAAAAACCAAGAAAAACCUGAAGAAGUUUCUUACACGACGCCCCACGUUGCAGGCUGUUCGUGAAAAGGGGUAUAUUAAAGAUCAGGUGUUUGGAGCCAACCUUGCUAAUUUGUGUCAGAGGGAGAACAGCACGGUGCCUGCAUUUGUGAGGCUGUGCAUUGACCACGUGGAGGAACAUGGUCUGGAUGUCGACGGGAUAUACAGAGUGAGCGGCAACCUCGCUGUGAUCCAGAAGCUGAGAUUUGCAGUCAACCACGAUGAGAAGUUGGACUUGACCGACAGCAAAUGGGAAGAUAUUCAUGUUGUCACCGGAGCACUCAAAAUGUUUUUUCGAGAAUUACCAGAGCCUCUUUUUACCUUUAAUCAUUUUAAUGAUUUCGUUAAUGCAAUUAAGCAGGAACCAAGACAGCGAGUCGCUGCUGUUAAGGAUCUAAUCAGACAGUUACCAAAGCCUAAUCAGGAUACAAUGCAGAUUCUUUUUAGACAUCUCAAAAGAGUUAUAGAAAAUGGAGAAAAAAACCGAAUGACCUACCAGAGUAUAGCAAUUGUCUUUGGUCCCACCUUACUAAAACCAGAGAAAGAGACUGGCAACAUAGCGGUUCAUACUGUGUAUCAGAAUCAGAUUGUGGAGUUAAUUCUCCUGGAAGUAAGUUCCAUCUUCGGACGUUGAUUCUUCCUGAGGACGACCUGCGGAGCAGAAGCUGGGCUCCAUCGGAUUUCACGUCUUUGUCCACAGUGUGUUUUCGUUUUGGACCAAGCAGUGACUCUUUGAUUUUGCACUUUUUCGAGGGAUCAGAAGGGAAGGGGAGCGUCACGAUGCCUAUUAGGCCCUCAUAUUUGCUGCUUUGUCACAAGGAGGUGUAACUGUGUAAUAUGGAAUUCAUUUAUCCUGAAUGUCUGCAUUUCAUACUUGGAAUUCAGUAAAAAAAAAAAAAAAAAAGAGAGAGAGAGAGAAAGAAAUCAAAACUUAACAAUUCUAACCAGUCAUAUACACUGGAUAAUUUGAUAAGAAAACUACAUUUCCCCCACCCCUCAAACUGGAUAAUGUAGAGUUUCUUCUCAUGAUCUGUAGGUUCCUCACUUGGUAGAACAACACGUAACCACUCGGGCAUUUUAAACAAAAUGAAGUAUACCUGUCUUGAAACCUGUGCGUUUCCUCUUCAGGGUUUCUGCAUGCAUGGCUAAGUGCUGUCGCCCAGACAUAACCCUUGCCGAAGGCUUGCUGUCUGUCCGUGUCGCACAGCAUCCUUACUGGGUGUCUCAGUUGCGCGUCUGGGCAGCACACUAAUACUACUUAAAACACUGUGAUGUACUGGAGUUCUAGUUAGCAUCAGUCAGUUCAGGGUAUUUUUUGAGCUGUCUUGCUUAUACUGAAUUGUAGCUAACAACCCUAGUUAUAUCUAGUGCCAUACUGAGCUCUUGGUAUGACCCUGUGGAAAUAGACAUUGUUGUAAAUAUAGGCUAAAGACUCCAGGUCCUUUAGCUGUGUAUAUCAUUGUGUUGUAUAGUCUCAGAGGACAUUCUAACCCUGCGUUCCUAAUCACACUGUUGGUAAUCUUUUCCAUGAGUAGUAGGUUCCUCCAGAGAUAGGCCGUUACUUGGGAGAGUUAACUGUGUGCACUUUUAGAUUUUGAUUACAUGGACAGGCAAACCACUGUAAUGCCAAUGGUACUGAAAAAAUAUUGACUAGACUUGUUUAAUGGUAAAUGCACUACAAGAGAAAUCUUUUAGAUUAUUUAAUAUGUACAGAGUAUGUUAGAAAAAAAUUUAUGACAGAAGUCUAACUCUUUAGUUUGAAUAGUAGAAACCCAUGUGUACAUUAGAUGGACAUUGGAUAGAAAAUGACGUUGCUAAAUUUGAGAAUUUCUUUUUACAUUACUAAUGUAGAUUGAUUUGUACAAUAAAACAGGGUUUGGAAGGUUUUGUUACAGGGAGCAUGGUCUGUUGAAAAUUUUUUAAAUGUAUUUUUCUAGAUUAACUGCUGUAUAUGAAAUGUCUAAUCUAAUAAAGAAAACUAUUAAGAGGUUUA